UUUCCUCCUAUACUGGUUCCCCUGUAAUCUUUACUGUCUAUCUCACUAAUUCCUCUGUUUUUCGAGAAAGUUAGGGUUAGGUUUUGUGUAUUUUUUUCAUACAAUUGUUAUUGUCUUCCAUUCGUGAUCGAGAAUAUGAGUUCUGCUGCAGCUGGUUCAACCAAGGGCGGUAGAGGCAAGCCAAAGGCCUCUAAGUCUGUAUCGAGGUCGCAGAAGGCGGGGCUCCAGUUCCCGGUGGGUAGGAUCGCUAGGUUUUUGAAGGUUGGAAAGUAUGCCGAACGUGUUGGUGCCGGAGCUCCGGUCUAUCUCUCUGCUGUUCUUGAAUACCUCGCCGCUGAGGUUUUGGAGCUUGCUGGUAACGCUGCGAGAGAUAACAAGAAAAAUCGCAUUGUGCCGAGGCAUAUACAACUAGCUGUGAGAAAUGACGAGGAAUUGAGCAAACUUUUGGGUUCUGUUACCAUCGCCAAUGGUGGUGUUUUGCCGAAUAUUCACCAAACCCUUUUGCCUAAGAAGGUUGGCAAAGGCAAGGGUGAUAUUGGCUCUGCUUCCCAAGAGUUUUAGGGUUUAUUAGUUUUCUUUUUGAGUACUCUAGGUUAUUACUACAGUUGUAAUAUAUGUGGAUUUUCUUUAGCUAAAUUUGUGUUCAAUCAAACGAAAUAUCGAAUUGUUGUUA